UGUGCGGGGGGAUUCAUUUGCGCGCACCGCUCAAACUCACCUGCAGUGUCCUGCUGCGAGCUCCGGCGGAGACAGGAGACCCUGUCACGGCAGUUGGUUUUGACACUAUUCUGGAGAAAUUCAUUUAUAAAAAGAAAGAAAGAGGUGUGGAUUGUUGUGCGUUUUUUUUAACGCAGUGAGUUAUUAACUCUCAGCUUCUUUCGGAUUGAAAAUAGCAGCAACUCCUGUUGCACUUCGAUCUGCAAUGAGCAAAUCCGGGUCCUUGAAAUUAAAACAUUUGUUUGGCAAAACAAAGUCGCAGGACAAAGACAAACAUGGGGAUGGAAAAAAUGCUUCCAAACCCGGCGAUGGAGAGCCGGCAAGCCCGAUCGACAAGCGCGCAACUUUACCGAGCGGCCCAACGUCACCCAUCAGCCCACAGAGUCCGACGUCCCCCAGCGACGGGACCCUCAGUCCCACGGGAAAGAAGAAACGACGAUUCAAGUGGCCCAAAAAGAAGACUUCACGGGAACGUGACGCUGAGUUCCACAACGACCCUCUGUUUUUCAGCGACCCCGAGGAUCACAACGCCGCGAAAAACAACCUGAACUUCGACCAGGUGAGCGUGCAGACGGAGUACAGCGUGCAGAGCGAGUGUCUCUCCGAGGACUCGACCUCCACGUACAGCCUGGACAUGUCCCAUCGCAGCGCCACCUCCCCCCGGUCCAGGAAGAAUUCGGACGAGAAGCAGAGUGUGUUGGUUCGCAUCGGAAGCUUCUUCGCCAAGAGGCGGAAGAGCAGCAGGAGUCACUCCGACAGCAAGGAGGACGGGGGGUCCCCCACCCGCGCACGCGGCCCCGAGUUACCUGACGCGGAGGGCUCCCGCACCCCCACCGGCAGCCCGCGGGAAGCGCGCAGGAACGCCGGGAACGCCGGGAACGCCGGCGCGUCCCUGCCGGAGCUCCGCAUCGGCCGGCUCAGGGAGAGCCCCGGCUCCCGGAGCGUGGUCUCGCUCCUGGACGGGGAGGGCAUCCCGUUCGCCGACAGCGACAGCAGUGGGCGGAGCAGUGUGAAGGAGGCGGGGUCUCAGGAGGGCGUGGCCGUGGGGCUGCAGGCGUACCUGGAGGAGACGAGUGUCAGCGCCGGGCCGGGGCAGGAGGAGGAGCGGGGGGAGGGGGUCGGACCCGACGGGCAGCCCGCCGUCCGGACCACCGUCAAGCACAACUUCGAGGUGGUCAGCAAGGCGCGGCCGGCCAGCUGGGACCCGGCGGAGACGCGGGACGGGGCGGCGUUCGUCAGGACCACGGCCCUGGAGGGCCAGGCGCAGCGCUCCCAGUCCUGCUCCGACCACACCGAGGCCCCGGUCUGGGUGCGGGCCCCGCACGGGGGGGAGGAGGAGCCCAACUCCGGGGAGGCCACGCCCACCAAUGGCUGCCCGACCCCGCCCGCGGGACGUGGCGCGCCGGUGAGGCCCCGCCUGCUGUGGGUGGAGACUCACCUGGGAGGGUCGGAGGAGGGGCCGCCGCCCGUCGCCGCGGAGACCGAGAUGGCGGCGCCGUCGUCGCGGGCCGGCGCGGCCGAGCCCCGGCGCAGGAGCACGAAGGUGUCCCAGACCGAGCGCGCCUUCGCCAAAAACCUCAGCCUGAACGCCGAGCCCGCCGCCGAGAGGGGCCCGCUGAGACCGGCGGCCAUGAAGAAGGUGGAUUUAGAAAUAAAGCAGCAGCCACAGCCACCGUCACGGAGCGGCGCGGCGGAGAAGAACGAGGGUCCCCCGAAACCGGCCCGUGCGGCCAUAGCAACGGCCGCAGCCACGCCCACCAGCCCCCCGCAGCCUCCACAGCGCCUCCCCAAAGCCGGAGCUGCCGUCCCGAAGCCCAAGGCCCCCGCGGAAAGCCGCGCGGUGAAUGGCGGCGCGGAGGAGGCCGGGGCCCGAACGCCCGCGUCCCCGGAGGCGGGGGACAAAGCCGCGGACGCCCUCAAGUCCAAAAUCCCCAAGAAGUUCACGGCCGAGGUGAAGCUGAAGCCGCCGGGGGAGACCAAGCAAAAGCCGCCGUCGACGUCCGCCCAGACGGAUGGGCUCGCCUCCCAGGUACCCGUGAGGACGGAAAAGGGGCUCGCCGCGAAAGGCCCCGAGCCGGACUCUGCGCCCGCGGUCGACGGGAAAAAGCAGGUGCAGGUGGCCAACGAGAACAGCGCCGCGCCCAGGAGCAAACUGCCCAAAGCGGCGGACGCCGGCCCACCCUCUCCCAGGAAACUCUCCGCGGGGAAGACCAAAACCGCCAUUCCGUCGCCCUUGGCCCCGCUGAGCCCGACGAAGACAGCCGACGCCGCGGCUAAGACGCCGGCCUCGGUCUCGCCGACCGUCCCCGCGAAGGAUCCGGGGGAAGCAGCGCCGGCGGGAACCCGGCUGCCGCGCCUCUCUCUGCCGCAGCCCGCCAGAGCUGAGGCCGUCGCCACGGACGCGGACGGCAAGCCGCGGAAGCCCGGCGGGAAAGAGUCGCCGGCGAAGGUGCCGAAGGCGCCGGGCGACGGCAGGCUGCCGGCGGCGAGAGACGAGAAGGGCGGCGCCAAACCCGCCAAGGCCGCGACGGAGAGCCCGCCGAAAACCCCGCCGAGGGACGCGGGCGACGCCGGGGCGCAGGGCGGGAGCAAACUGCCCACGCCCAAUAACAGGAGCCCCCCGAAACCGAAGCAGAAUAAAAUCGCGCUGCAAGCGCCGAUAAAGAAACAAGGGGGGAAGGAUGCUGAUGGACCGACCGACAGCGCUGCUCCGGCAGGGGAUGCGGCCCGGACUGAGACCCGGAGUACGGCAGCGGAGGGGGAGAGGUCUUUGCCCUCUCCUGGCGGUAAAAUGGCAGGUGAUAAACCUAGAGUCACACCUGCCCCAGCACCUGCUGAGAAACCUGCGGUCGCACCUAGCCCAACACCUGCCGAUAAACCUACAACAACAACUGUCCUAACACCUGCUGAUAAACCUACAACAACAACUGUCCCAACACCUGCUGUUAAAUCUGCCCCAACACCGGCUGAUAAACCUACAACAACAACUGUCCCAACACCUGCUGUUAAAUCUGCCCCAACACCGGCUGAUAAACCUGCUCCAAUAUCUGCUGGGAAACCUACAGUCACACCUCCCCCAACACCUGCCUCAACACCUGCCGAUAAACCUACAGUCACACCUGCCGAUAAACCUGCCCCAAAACCUGCCUCAACACCUACCGAUAAACCUACAGUCACACCUGCCCCAACACCUGCUGUUAAAUCUGCCCCAACACCUGCCGAUAAACCUGCCUCAACACCUCUUGAUAAACCUACAGUCACACCUGCCGAUACACCUGCAAAACCUGCUCGUAAAUCUGCCCCAACACUGAUGGUUAAACCUGCAGUUACACCUGCCUCAACACCUCCUGAUAAAUCUAUAGUUACACCCAUCCCAAAACCUACAGAGACAUCUUCCUCAACACCUGCCGAUAAACCUACAGUUACACCUACCCCAAAACCUGCAGUUACACCUGCCUCAACACCUCCUGAUAUAUCUACAGUGACACCUGUCCCAAAACCUGCCAAACUACCAGCUGAGACACCUGUCCCAAAGCCUUCUGAUAAGCCUAAAGUCACACCUGUCCCAACACCUGCGGAUAAACCUGCGGUCGCACCUGCUCCAACACCUGCUGAUAAACCUACAGCAACACCUGCCCCAACACCUGCUGAUAAACCUACAGCAACACCUGCCCCAACACCUGCUGAGACAUCUGCCCCGAAACCCGCUGAUAAACCUGCGGUCGCACCUGCUCCAACACCUGCUGAUAAACCUGCCCCAAAACCUGCCUCAACACCUGUUGAUAAACCUACAGUCACACCUGCCCCAACACCUGCCGAUACACCUGCCCCAAAACCUGCUCGUAAAUCUGCCCCAACACUGAUGGUUAAACCUGCGGUUACACCUGCCUCAACACCUCCUGAUAAAUCUAGAGUUACACCCAUCCCAAAACAUACAGAGACAUCUUCCUCAACACCUGCCGAUAAACCUACAGUUACACCUACCCCAAAACCUGCAGUUACACCUGCCUCAACACCUCCUGAUAUAUCUACAGUGACACCUGUCCCAAAACCUGCCAAAAUACCAGCUGAGACACCUGUCCCAAAGCCUUCUGAUAAGCCUAAAGUCACACCUGUCCCAACACCUGCUGAUAAACCUUCAGCAACACCUGCCCCAACACCUGCUGAGACAUCUGCCCCGAAACCCGCUGAUAAACCUGCAGUCGCACCUGAAGCGCAUGCUGCAGCUGCCCCAACACCUGCUCAGGCACCUGUCGUCACACCUGUGGAACCUGGUCUGGCCCAGAAGGGUAAAACAGCUUCCGAAUCAUCUGAGGAGCAGGUCUCGAGCCCGGAGAAGGAGCCUAUCCAUGCAGAGGGGCCUGUUGAGAAUGGCAUGGACAGGGAAAGGGAGAGUCUGACUGCUGCUAUCGAGCCAGUGGCCGCACCUGAGACCAGAGAGGAAGUACAGGUACCUGUGACUCGUCCUGUCAAGCAGGAAAUACUGCCAAGCAAAACUAAACUGUCAGAGCCAGCCCUGCCCACUGCUAUACAAGCCCCACCUACAGCUAAAUUGGCCCCACCCACUACUACCCAAGCCCUACCUGCUACUAUCAAAACCCUACCCACUGCUCCCAAUGCCCCACCUAUAGCUGCUACCAAAGCCCUGCUUGCAGAUACAUCAGCCCCACCUACUGCUACUCAAGCCCUGCCCACUGCUCCCAAAGCCCCACCUAUAACUACAUCAGCCCCACCCACUGCUACUCAAGCCCCGCCCACUGCUCCCAAAGCCCCACCUACAGCUGCACCAGACAGUUCUCUCAGGGCAGUGAAGGCUGAGGAUCAGGCAGGUAAGCAGCCAGAUCUUGCCUCCAAGGUGGCUCUGCCCACAGAGGAGCCGGCUCUGAAUGGGCUCACUGCCCUGCCCAUGACGCCUCCCCUCCCCAAAGGGGGCCGUGUCUCCACAGGCCUGGAGGAAGAGAAGGACAGCUCGCCUGGCAAACGGAGUGAAGCGAAGGACAGACGGGCAGCUCCAGUCACCGCCGGACUGACUAUGCCACAGCAGCCAACUUCGACCUUAAAGGGGAAUUCUGAGACUGGUGCCAUAAACAGGAGUCCGACAUCAUUUGCCGACCCGGUUAAAAGUCCUGAAAAGAAACUGGUGCUAGAGGUUCCGACCAGUCCAGAGCAGCACCUGCUGAACAAACUCCUUAGUCCCACAAGCCCUAACGAGACGCACGAAGGACCUUCCAGUUGGCUGGAUGUGGACCAGAGGUUCAAGAGGAAGCCCAGUGGUGGCACCGGUGCCCGUGGCCGGGGGGACAGGAAGCUGGUCUCCUCGAUCAGCGAGGAUGAGACCGAGGAACCUUCCCCUGAGUUUCAGGACUUCAUCAAGAAUGUCAAGUACAUGGGCGUCCCCUUCCAACUGCCCAUGAAGAAGCAGGGGCAAGGGCACCCAAAGCCAUCCUUUGGCCUGGCCCCGAUCAAAGAGGACUACUGUGAGAAGACCUUCGACCCCACCAAGUUCGAGUUCGGCCGGCGCAAGAAGACCCGGCCCAAGGACCUCUCGCCGGCUAUGAUGCUCAAGCAGAAGAGCGCGGAGGCCAGGAGCAAGGUCCAGGGCCAGCGGACCGGGACUGAGAAGAGCAUGCUGUUCAAAGCACUGCAGUCCACCGGCCUGGGUCUCUCCGAGAGAGAGGAUGAAGAGGAGGAUGAGUUGGAAGACACAGAGGAAGAAGAGGGGGAAAUGGAGGAAAGGGAGAUUGUUUCGGACCGUUUGGGGAGGAGUUCGGUGUUCUCCAGCCUCUUGGAUUUCUCGAGGACGUCCCGGAAGCCGAACCAAGAGUCGGCAGCUUCUCCGGCCAAAGCGCAAGAGCCGCCUCCAGCACCCCCACUACUGCCUCCCCCAGGCAAGCUGGCCUCACCGUCCCCAACACCUCGCCCCGUCCCGUCACAGGCAGCUGGGACCCUGCCGGGCACGGCGGAGCAGGGAAUGGUGUUUGACUCUGCCCCCGCCCUUGCCGAGGACACGCCGCCAGUGCCUUCCUUUGCCGCUGUGAAGUUCCCGGGUUUUCUGGAGAAGCUACUAUCCCCGGAGGAGGGGAAAGAGAGGAAUUCGGCACCCGACCAGCAGGACCCGGGUGUGGUGGGGUCCCCGACCCCCGGCCUGGACCACGGUGGCCCGGUUGCCAGCUCACAGCCACUGUCACCAUGCUCCCCUCGGGUGGCUCCCCCUCUGCCCAUCCCCCCGGCAAUGUACCCCAAGGUACCGGAUGUGAAGGGGUUCCACAAACGGCCAGGGAAGUUGGUCAUCUAUAAGCAGGCCCAGUUCAAGGGGACCGCUGUGGAGAUAUUCCGGGACCUGGAGGACACGAGCCGGUGGAAGCUGCCGCCUGUGCUCUCAGUCAGGGUGGUGAGGGGCUGCUGGAUCCUGUAUGAGGAGCCAGGAUUCAAAGGUCGCACAGUCGCCCUAGAGGAGGGGUCCAUGGAGCUGGGGAACAUUUGGGGGGAUAAAAUAUUUCCGGAUGAACAGGGUCAGCCAGCCUCCCCACCCCCCGUAGUCAUCGGAUCUGUGCGCCUCGCUGUCAGGGACUACAGUGUGCCGCAAAUCGAUUUGUUCACGGAGCCGCAGGGUCUGGGUCGAAGGUCAUCGUACUGCGACGACACUGCCGACAUCUGCUCCUUCGGAAUCCCUCCCAGCACUGCCUCAGUCAAAGUGCAUUCUGGGACCUGGCUCCUGUACAGUGAGGCUGGGUUCCAGGGUCCCGUGGCGCUGCUGGAGGUUGGGGAGUACCCGUGCCCCGAGGCCUGGGGGUUCACCAGCCCCUUCAUCGGAUCCCUGCGGCCCCUCAGAAUGGGUGGCAUCAGGGUGGAACAUCCUACUGAAGUUAAGGCAGUGCUGUACGAGAGGCCGUUCUUUGAGGGAGAGAGCGAGGAGCUGACCGGGGAGGUUUUCGACUUCAAGGGGAGGGAGCAGGAUCCGGAGAGCUCCGCCCAGGGAGACUGCAAACUCUGCUCUGUGGGGUCCAUCAAAAUUAAGGGCGGACUCUGGGUGGGCUAUGAGGGCCCCAGGUUUGACGGGCGGCAGUGCCUCCUGGAGGAGGGGGAGUACGUGGGCUGGUGGGAGUGGGGCGGUAACCUGGACUCUCUGGUGUCCCUGCGACCCAUACUGGCUGACUUCCUGUCCCCCCAGCUGAAGCUGUUCAGUGAGAGGGAUUUUGGGGACCGGGGGCUGAACGCUGAUCUGUUGGGCCCCGUCCUCAACCUGGCGGAGACGGCGUUCGGCCUGCGGAGCCAGUCUGCUGAUGUGCGCUCUGGAGUGUGGGUGGCCUUCCAGAACGCCAGUUUCUCCGGCGAGCUGUACGUUCUGGAGAAGGGUCUGUAUGGCACGCCGGAGGACUGGGGUGCCGGCUCCGCCCAGAUCGGCUCCGUGCAGCCCGUCUUCAUGGAUAACCUGCAAUGCCUGGACAAGUUUAAGGUCCAGUUGUUCUCAGAGCCCGGGUUCGAGGGCAUGGUGCAGGUUCUGAAUGACAGCGCGCCAGACCUGCCUGAAGACUUCUCUGUGGCGUCCUGUAAAGUUCUGGCCGGCAGCUGGGUGGCGUUUGAGGGGCCGCAGUUCACACAGAACAUGUACGUGCUGGAGGAGGGGGAGUACCCCGACCCCCCCUCCAUGGGGCUGCCCACGGAGCCACUCUUAUCACUGCAGACCGUCGGCUAUGAGUUCUCUCUUCCCUCCGUCACUCUCUUCUCUAAGCCCAGUUUCAGAGGGCGGAGACUGGUGGUGAAGUCGCCGGUGGUGAACCUGAAGCAUGCUGGGUCUGACGGCCACGUCCCCUCACUGCUGGUGGAGGGAGGGAUGUGGGUGCUAUAUGAGGGCAGUAAUUUCCAGGGGCGCCAGAUUCUACUGCAGCCCAGCGAGAUCGGGGAUUGGUACAAGUUCAGCGGCUGGCAGCGACUGGGAUCCCUGCGGCCUCUCUUCCAGAAGCCGGUGUACGUGCAGCUGCGUAACAGACACUCAGGCGGGUUGAUGUCUCUCACUGGGCCGCUGGACGAGCUGAAGCUGAUGCGGGUUCAGGCCCUGGAGGAGACGGGCGGGCCUGAGCAGAUCUGGGGGUAUCAAAAUGGCCACCUGCGCUGCAAGUUGCUAGAGGACUGUUGCCUGGAGACGACGGGGACGGUCAUCAUGGCCGGCAGUCGGCUGUGCGUUUCCCCGGUGAUGGGCAAGGAGACCCAGUCCUGGAGCAUCACCAGGGACGGCCUGGUCUUCUGCAACCUCAAACCCGAGCUGGUGCUGGAGGUCAAAGGGGGACAGCACUAUGACAAAAACCAAGUGAUUCUCAAAGUGUUCGAUGAAAAGAGCAUGAACCAGAGAUGGUCUGUGGAGGUCUUGUAAAGCAUUCGCCAGGGAGCUGAAGAGCUUGGCACUGGGCUUUGCUGACCUCUGGUGCAGCUCCGCAGUGGGCCUGAGGGCUCUGUGGUGCAGCUCCACAGUGGGCCUCAAGGCUCUGCAAUGCAGCUCCGCAAUGGACCUCAGGGCUCUGUGGUGCAGCUCCACAGUGGGCGGUAAGGCUCUCUGGUGCAGCUCCACAGUAGGCCUCACAGCUCACUGGCGCAGCUCUGCCAUGGGACUCAUGGAUCUCUGACAGACAUUCCUGAUGAACUAUGAGUGGAGCAGAGAAUCUAUAAAGGCUGCUCCUCAACCCUCACCCUUCAGAAGCCCCUAACUUCGUGCUCCAGAUGCAGUACUCUUCCAGGCAUGCUCUUUGCUCUGUUCUCUCCAUCCUAAUCCUCUCAGGUAGACUUUAAAGCUUUAUCCACAUUGUAUGUACUGUUUUACGGAUUAAUUCAUGCCUUAUCUCCUUGGAAACCCUUCAAGGUGUAAGAUCACAUUUAUGUGAUGAGAGAGUUCUCAACCGAACAUUCUAAUGCUGAUGCAACAAUCACUACUGGUCAUUUAAAUGCAACAGAGUUCUGGAACACUGACUUAGAAUUCUGAAAAAGCAUUCCAAAAAAACCUACUCUUCGAAGGGUUAAAUAUAUGCAACAGUUUUAUCACCCCAACAAAUAUCUUACAAAACCACUCAUGGAACAUGCUGGAAAAAGCAUUAUGCAAUAACAUAUUGUUGAACUUUUGGUCCACAAACAACUCAAACCACAUCAAUGCUGUCAGGUAAACCUCUGGGCUGAAGAUAAGCAGGCCAUCUCCAGCUCUAUUGAACACUAAAAUGAAUUUGUCUUUCACUCCGGACAGAGCUGUUCGGGGGAGGCUGCGUUUGUCCAAAGCUUUAGAGCUUUAAAGGGAGUGUUGUGUUUUUCCAUUAUGGGCUGACAGUAUGUCCCUGAAGCAUUAAUGGGGCUUAAAGAGAACCUGAAACUGAACAGCACUGCAAACACACUAAGCAGAGUCAGUUCUGUGUUUAAACCCAGCUCAACCACAUUACACUUUCCGUUUACUCUAGAACCCCCCCCCCCCCAUGUAAAUAUACCCCCCGUCCUGAAAAACACGCCUUUCCAGUCACCCAGUCAGGCCGUUUCCAUAUGGGAUUGUCAGCGAGAAAGUGGAUGAAUUUGGUGAUAGGCGAGAAUCACAUCUUAGCCGUUAGCGAUAAAUCGAUUUGAUACUUCGUAGGAGGUGGGCCUUCUGUUGUGCAACAGAAGAGAAGGCGGUUAAGUUUUAGUGUUUCCAUUGACCUGGAUGUUCAUUCUGACAGGGUAUUUCCCAGACCUUUCAAAAGUCCUCUCCCCAACAGGCGUGAGCCUUUAUUGGUCAGCAGCAAACGUUCUGCGCGCACAAGGCCCGUUUCCAUCGGAAGGAGAGAAGUUAAAAGGUGAAUCCACAUUUAAGCCUGGUUUAUACUGAGGUUUGUUCAAACGCGGCUGGUGACGAUGAUCCGUGGCGUCCCGUCUUGUCCUCGAAGAGCUGCAGGGUCAGCUUCAGUGCUGCUAAGCCACUUCAGAUCAUAGAAAACGUGCAAUUAGAGCGUCUAAAACUGAACGUUCUAAUGCUGAUGUCACAAUCGCCACUCGUGACUGAAAACCACGGGAGCUCUAGAACACUGACUUCCAGAAAGAACGCCUACUCUCUCCAGAGGGUUCCGCUCUCCCUGAGCGAGACUGGACACCUGUGCUGGGUUACAGUCUGGGUGCCAUGACGACGACGACGACGAUGAUGAUGAUGAUGAUAUGCAGUCAGGUUUCACUGUGUGGAGUGAAGCAAACCUACUGUGAGGGAGGAUAAGGAGCAAUUUUAUCUUAAAACACAUCCAGGACUUUAUGCACGUUCUGCCUUUGCCUGUUAAAUCUCCCUGGGAGACAGGUCCACCUGUGAAAGGUGUUUUUGUAUGCACGGACCCCCCCCCCCCCCCAUUACUCCAAAGUACCUUGGGGUACCUUUUAAAAUAACGACUCAUUAACUUAAAAUGUGGUGAAUUACUUAAAGCAGAGCUAGCACACGACAGGAAGGGAAACAUGAAUCUGUCCAUAUAUCAACUCAAGGGCUGUGUUCGAAAGCGCAUACUAGCGUACUACCUGCACUACAUUUCAGGCUGUAGUUCACAUGUAGUGCAAGCAGCACACCAAAUAUUCGGUUUGGAGCACAUCCGAGGUCUGCUUUUUAGAUCACGCCAUUUUAACAGGGCGUGUCCUGGGUCCUUCAGCCAGUAUGUACUAAACAUGCUCAUCGCAUAGAUUUUUAUACUCACACAUGUACUGCUGUACUUCACAGUCAACUUUGUUUUAUAUACUGUACAAUGUCCACGGUGUAAAGAAAAUGUUUUACCUGUCACCAGGUAUAAGUCCCAUUUCAGUGUGUACUAAAAAAAAAAAGAAAAAAAGAAAAAAUAUAUUUCUGUGUACAUUUUGGAAGUGAUUGAAACUUUUUAGUGCUGUUGCAUUUUAGUAAAUAAAUGUGUUUUUUCUUACAUAA